AAUACUGAAAACUUAGGGGUCUAGGCAGACUGCUGAAGCAAAUCUAUAUAGCCAAGAUAAUGGCUGGCAUAACAGAUGUAAAAUAUAUUAUUGACUUCUUUAAGCUGCUCACAGAGGAGGGAAACAAACUGGUAGAAUCGCUUCAAGACAUCAACAAGGCAGUUAUAGAAAUCGAAAGCAACAAAAACGAACUACAAGAAGCUGCAAAAAAACAGGAAAUCAUCACUGACCCAGAGGUGAGCGAGCAAAUAUGCAACCUGGAGAAUGAUUUAGAAAAAUGCACUGCACUUGCGAAAGCAUACGUGUUUGCUUGUACAUCAAUGGCCAGGUAUGCGACAAAACAAGAAAUAGCUCAAGAAAUUGACGAAGAAUUAACGCAGGGAAAGUUUAAUACGUUGAAAUCGUUUAUUGUAAUUUUUUUGAGACAACUGAAAACAUGUACAGAACGACUAACAGAGUAUGUGGGAUUUCAUGACAACUUAGUGUCGCGAAUGAAUGGCUUAACUCGCAAGUGGCACCAAAGAGCGGCUGAGAAGAGUGCACUGGCAGAAAAAGCAAAGAUGACUGUUGGAUGUGCUUUCCUACAUUAUGGAAUGUACAAGAAAGUUGGAAUUGCAAUACUUGUAACUGGGAUUGCCUGUCCACCAACUGUAAUAUGCGUGGCCUACGCUGUGCAGUUAAAUUUUGAGAGAAGAAGGCUACUUGUAGCUGAUAAAUUCAUUGAGCAUAAAGAAGUGCAAGCCAUGUUUGAGAAAGCCGUAGCGAGUGCUGAAGAGCUAAAAGCAUUAAUGAAUAAAAACAAGCAAGCAAUCGAUGAAAUGGAACGCGAGACUAAAGAAGCCACCACUGCAAUUAACACCAUUGUUGCACAUUACUUAAAUAAAGCACUCGUGUUAAAUUCUGCUGAGUUGAAGGACAUACAAAACAGUCUUCAAGAUUUUAGAAGUUCGAUGAAUGAUAUUUUAAGCAAAGUGGGUCGUCCUGAUGAGGAGGAAAAAUUUGAUCGCAGACGAGUCCUCUCCAAUACAAUUGCAGAACAACCAAGUGACGCUGAUACAGAUGGUGAUAGACAUAAGAUGAUGCUGGAUCUUGUCUACGUUCCAAAAUUUGACCGUAGAGAUGAAGAACCCUAUGUACCGGAACCCAUUCAAGAAAAAAACACAGGAGGGUUGUCUACAGCCGUGGCAAUGCGCUCACUGAGUACUCGAAGUCAAGAAGAAGCAUCGGAUGAAGAUGAAGUCAAGAUACAAAAGACACAGAGUGAAAAAGAAGGGUCAGACGAUGAAGAAGACUUAAAAAAAACAUAGCACAUUUCGUCCUUAGUUAGUAAGGAGUCUCUCCUAGUUAACAGAUUUGCAUAUUAUUUUAGUAUCAUGCAUUUUAAUAUUAUUAUUUUUUCCACAUAAUUAUAACAUAAAUUUGCACUCAA